GCUGUCCGUUAGAGCUGCCAAUUGUGGAGGGAUUUGUAACAUUGUGUUAAUAUUUGGUCGUGAAAUUCUUCUCGCCAGCACCCAGUUUCAAGAGUGAUCUACCUGAGCUAUCUCUCUACGUAGGAUGUGGAACGGCACAGCAUAAAACUCGAGUCGCGUAACAAUUCUUGAGGUUAGAAUGAUUCCAAAUACCGAUUGUAUGCAAAAAUGUAAACACUUGCAUCACUCGCACCUACUCCCAGCGGAACCUAUGCGAUGGUCCCUUCCCUUGCAUGCUUCCUGCAGCAUGCUUUUUAUGAUACUUUCACUCUCGUUUGAUGUUCUGCGAGAAAGAGAAGCAACGAGAAACGAGAAGAGAGUAGUUUUUGGUUUGGCUCUCUCCAUCUCUCCUGGGUGCUGAUUUCGUGUACUUAACACCUCUCUCUCUCUCUCUCUCUCUCUCUCUCUCUCUCUCUCUCUCUCUCUCUCUAGGGUAAAUGCACUUACGAAAUUCAAUUUGACAAACUUUGUAUUUUGAAAAUUGAUAAACCUCUUCAGCUUCUUCGAAUUUUUGCUUAAAAUCAACAUAAAAGUUUAAUACUGCGAAAGCUGAUAAAAAUUUUGAUUUUUCCCACUGAUAAUCACAUUCCUUACAGACGCUUCAUUUACAAAAAGGUUUAUCGCCUUCAAUCGAACAGAUAACGAACUAAUCAGCUGAUCGGUUCAGCAUUUGCGAUUUGCUGAAUUGCAGCAGUUCGAUUAACUGCCAAAGUCGGGAAUUUUCGUCACACAGUUCUUAGGGAACUGGGUCAUUCCAGACGGAUCGAUAAACCGGUGCAAUGACCUCGUUACAUUUGGCUGCGUGUGCAAUGACCUUACGACGAGGAAAACAUGCUUAUCGGCAGGAAGUGCAUUGCGUUAUCGAACAAAUGCACCGGCCCGAAAUUGCACUAGCACGGACGGAAUGGUUGAUUGUGCUGAAAGAAAAACAAAGCGAAUUUUGCCGUGCCAAUGACACCGAUUGACAAACCCCCCCCCCCCCCCCCCCCCCCCCCCUCGAACGAUGCAAUAUUAUUCCACUGUUGUGCAACAGUGCAAAUGCAUAUAAACAUGCAGCCCACGCUCGAGCGUGCGUGAUACUGCUGCAAGACGCUACACGCCACGUGCUUUCGGGUUGAAUGAAUCCUUACGGACGGGGAAUCCACUGCAACUGUGGAUGUUACGGAUGUUACAAAUAACACAAACAAAAAGCGCUAGAUACGCCUGCCCGACGAGGGACACACACACAUGCGCAAUGGCGGUCCGCUGGAGUCCUGCGGUUUCGGCACGAUAUGACGUCACUCAUGAAAACAAAUCCGGAACCGCGGACUGGCGCGCACGCACGCAAAUUUUGCGCCCUCGGCACGGGACGGUGACAUUUUCGGGGCGGACAUUUGUUUUUAUGUAACAAUCAAUCGCGCAAACCCGAACCAUCAUAUAGCAUACCGGCGGCCAUUGAGUUUGUGGUUUGUUGGAGGGAGUUAGUAGGUAACCGGAAGCUCAAAUCCUGACGCUGGGGAGUAGCAUUCUUUUGGAAGGGUAAACCCAACCCAACACCAGCGCAACAUGACAAUCAGCAGCAACAGUGCCCUGGUAUUGCACGGCCGGUUUAAGAACAUGACCCGCAGGUUUCGCUUCUCCCCGAGACGACGCCAGUACUGUGUGCUUACUUCGGCCGUGGUCCUGCUAAUGGUGGUGCUGGGCGUAAUGGGCUAUCUUCUGAGCGGUAUGCACUACUGCUUUGACGUGCUGGUUGAGUGGAAGAUAUCGAAAAUAUGCAAUCAGUAUUACACGAACGAAAUCACGGGCUACAUGUGUCCGGAGCUGUGUGCCGGUGAUACCAUAUCGGAGUUCCACUGUCCACCGGCCCCACAAACCUUCAAUCCGAACCGCUUUCUGGCACGCAAAGCCCAACAGUUUGUGGUGGUUAAGCACGCCGUUCCGGACGCAAGCUACGAGAAGCUGUCCUGGAUCGAUAGCCACCGUCAGGAGGAACACUUUCCAACGGAAGCGGAGUACGUGGGCAUUGUGCGACGGUACGUCGAGCUGCGGUACAAUCUUCAGCUACCGUUCGACAAGCUAGCUAGCUUGCUGAAGUUGAAGAACAAAAACAAUCACAUUCUGUUUCGGGCCAGCAUGCGCAACAGCUGGAACCUGAUCCAGAACAACGAGUACCUGUUGAGCCGGCUGUACGAGGAGAAGGAGAUCUUCCCGCAGGUGUACGGUACGUGCGGCGAUCUGUUCAUUACCGAGCUGCUCGACACGGUGGAGUUCGACGAGCGUCGGUACCACUUUACCAACCACAUCGAUCUGUCCAAGUGGCGCUACCAUCUGAAGGUGGCGGUGCUGAUACUGGACUACCUGGACGAGAUGGCCCAGAACCGGUUCCAGAUGUGUGCGGUACUGUUGGCCGGAUUCGGUAUCAGUGACAGCCGGAUGAAGUAUCACGAUUUGCGGUACAUCAGUACGGAAGCGUCCAUCGAUCGGCAGCUGUCGGAUGGGCGUUGGUGUGCGGCCGAUGCCGAUUGUAGCUACCACGAUUGUCGCAGUCGGUGCAACACCACCAGCCGCCAGUGUACGGCCGGUUUGCUGAACAACAAUCUUCAGAUUGUCUGCGAAAAGAUAUUUCGAGGCACUGCCACCGAACCGGGCAUACUGGUGACGGAGAAAAGUCCCGCCCGGUUGCUUCGCAUUCUGGAUCGCUGUGCGCAGCCGGUGAGCAGAUCGGACGUGGAUGAUGCCCGUCCGUGGGGUGCAUCGAGGAUGCUUAAGAAGCAGCUGUACAACGAGCUGACCGGGAUCUACGAACAGCUUGCCUCGUCGCUUUACUCCUAAUAGUUCGGCAGCCUUGCGCCUCCCUUCCCGCCAUCCCGGGACCAGGAGAGUUUCGAAAGACAGACAAUUCUCCAUAGAAUCCGUAGUCAAUUGCAGUGAUAAUCAAGGCGUCGGCGGUGCAUUACGAUGGUGGUUUUAUUACACGAAUGAGUGACCCAAGAUGUGGUCCACGGUUUCAGAACGCAGCCACGGUACCGCAAAAGCCCUUUUGCGUAAGAUAUUAUUAACGAUUUUCAAUGCUUAUUUAACCGCGGCCAUAACGGAAGGGUAGAGAGCGAAGUAACUCACAACACGACAGUAUUUGGACAAAGCAUCAAACGUUCGGAAUUGUUCAUCGCUUUGAAAAGAUAUCUCAAUAUAGGUUUUUUUCUAUGUA